GUGCAAACAGCACCCCCUGUUGGUGAGAGGCUGUAAUGAUAGGUGAGAGGUGACAGGUUGUAAGGUCGGGUUAGCAAAACCGUAGAGGCGAUGGUCACUACGAGGCUGCAGUAUUAGUAAAUGUAGGAAAAGGCAUUAAAAGAAAUCGAAGUUCCCUUUGGCUAGCGGCUGGUUUUGCUGAUAAGAUACCGGUUUUGGAGCAUCUUCAGCGGGCGUAAGCUUUGUGGACUAGCCCGUCGGCUAACGUUAGCUGAGUCGCUAAGUUGCUAUGUCGCAACCGAGUGUUUGGAGUCUCUGCAGCUAACACAGCUAGCUCGUACAAGGAGAAAAAAAACUUCUAAGUCUGGAGGAAAAAACACGAGAGGUGGGUUCAUUUUAACACGAGGAUAACGUGUAACUGCAUGGUAGUAGUUUGUGCACAGGACGGACUUUAACGUGAGCUCAGAAAUGUUUGUAAAGAUGCUGUGUAAUGUUUACGUGAGUUAGCAUGCACGUUGUUUGUGUCAGUGAUUGGCACAUUAGCCCGAAGAAACCUUGGAUUUACAGAGGAUAGACUCUCCUGUUAAAUCCACUUAAGUACACAGACCACACGUUUCAUGUCAGGAAUUGGUCUGUGUUUUAUUUACGUACUUAAUACUAAUUCUGCAUGGGUUUAACUUUCCAUAGGCCGUCAUCUUUAGACUAAUAAAGUGCAAAAUCAUUGUUCAUUCUUGACUAUUCCACCACUUUCCCAACUUUUAAAUGACUUAGAUGGUGUGAUUUGACUUCUAAACUCUCCACCGUUGUUUGAUCAUAUCUGCAAAGGUGCUACAUACAAGACAGGUUAGUCAUGAAGCACAUAUGUAUACAUCGUCAGGUUUAUCCAGGGCCUCACUGUUUGUGUCACCUCUUAAACCUUAAAUUAAGUCUUGUCUAACUAAUAUUUUCUUUGUGGUUUAAGUGCUUCUCUAAUCCACCUUUGGAUGGUGAAAAUUGUGUGUACAGAUAAAGGAGUAUCACAUGUGUACAGGUCUUGAUAAGAUUGCAUAUAAAGGGUGUGGUACUGCCUGUUAUUCAAACUGAAACAGCCACAUACAGAUACCUUACUUCAAACCUAAUCCUUCAAAUACUUCAAAAAAAGGUCAAUGAAGCUUCUUAUAUUCUUGAAAUUUAUUGCUGAAGUUGUUGAAGGCGUUGGCAGUGUACUGGAGUGCAUCAAGAUGAAAUAAAUAAAAGCAGGUAAAAAACAUUUUUUAAAUGAAGUUAAACAAAUGAAAUAAACACAUAAAAUCAUAAAAUAAAUAAACGUGAUAAAAGGACUAUAAAAGACAUAAACAGAGAACACACAUCUCUCAUGCUGAGCUAAAAGUCUGGCAAUAAAAAUGAGUUUUAAGACGUGAUUUAAAAGUAGAAAGAGUAGGGGAUGUUUUAUAAUUUGCUUCUCUUACGUUAAUAAGGUCAAAAUAUAAGGAACACCUUUGAGUACGAAAUGUUCCAGUACACCAUCACUACCUGUAAUAUCUUAACAUCUGUAUUGUUUUUGUUUUCCCACCUGAGUGCAGUACGUAAAAAUGCACAGAAGACAUAACUUCCUCAUUCCAGGUCUGCAGGGUUGAAAUACAGGUGCCGCUCCGAGGAACUAGUUAAAUUCUUAUCAUACUUUAGUUUAAAAAGGAUUUAUAAUACAGAAGUGUCAACCUUCUGGAAAAUUCUGUUCAUAUGUGCACUCAGUACUUAUGCUGUGCUCAAGUUACCUCGGAAGUCAGAAGUCCGAGCUGAAAAAGAUGUCGCACCCGAGUUACCAGUGUUUCAGUCACCAAGUCGGAAAAAAGCAAAAUUGGAGGUGGAAACAAGAUGGCUACAUCUACGAAAGUUAUUUUAGCACUUGCCCUGUCUGAAUAUAAAGCAAGCGCUAAAAUAACUUUCGUAUACGUAGCCAUCUUGUUUUAGGCCUCAGAUUUUGCUUCUCUCCAAUUUGGUAACUGAAACGCUGGUAACUCGGGUGUGACGUCAUUUUCAGCUCCGACAUCUGACUUCAGAGGUAACCUUAAUGCAGCAUUGGUUGGGGCUCCUUCUGCACAAAAACAUCAGUGUGACGUUAUAUGGAGGCAACAAGUCUGUGGCUCUGCUUGGUUGUUAUGGAAGCCCAGGUUACUUAAACGUGGCCCUCAGCUCAUCGGUGUUGUUUCUGGUCGUUUUGGUGUCGUGGACAGGUACCAAGUCCUGCUGGAAAAGGACAUCUGUAUCUCCUUAAAACUUCCCAGCAGAUAAAAGCAUCUUCUAAAUCUAGACCGUAGACCAUCAGCAGCAGAUUACAUGACCCCUCAUGUUAUCACAGACUGUGGAAACUUCACACUGGAUUCUGUGCCUCUCUUAUCCUCCUCUAGACUGUGGGACCUUGAUUUUAAAAUCAGAUGCUACAUUCAUCUAAAAACAGGAUUUUGGAUCUCUAAGCAGUAGUCCAGUUCUUUUUCUUCUUAGAUGCUUAUGGUGGCGUCUCUGGUUCAAGAGGGGCUUAACAGUAGGAACAUAACACUUACAGCCAAUUUCCUGGACACGUCUUGGUGUAGUGGUAGUGAACGGUAAUCAUAAAAUCCUGUCAGUCUCUGGUACUUUCCGGUCAGGAAGCUUACUGUACACUCAAGAUGUCCCUUAGGUUUUAGACCUGCAUUUAAAAGUCUUUCCCAUUAAUUUCACAUCAUUAUAUAUUUUGCCUUAAUUUCUCUUUCGCUCCCCCUGUCUGUCUGGUACACACACACACACACAGACACACACUUUACUCAAGCUGUUGUUUAGCCUAGACAUGCUUGACCUCCUAACUCUGCUUUGCUCUGCUGGGAUGUCUGGUCUUGGCUUAAAGUAAGGAAUGCAGAAUGUCUGCCAGAGAUUUCAGAAGUGGAAUAAAAGGCGUAUGCGCUUUAAUGCUUGUUGCGUUGUGUUUGUGGCAAUGCUCUCAGCAGCUCUAUUACUAUGGAGAUAAAAUAAAGUCAAAUCGACCCAAAUGGAGAAGACAUAACAAGUUCCCAACAGGAGUAGUGUUUGCGUCGGAGAAUGGAAACAAAAGCACGAUAAAAAUAGUGUUCCCUCCCCAGGUGUACACACCAAGUGGAAGAAAAACAUGUUUAUUUAACACUUUGAUAUCCUUAACUCCAUUUACUUCUCAUGCUCUGUCUCCAGUUGUGUCAUACUUCUGUGGUGUUUGCUCAAGCGCACUCGCCUGAUGGUUCCUGCAGCCGCCCAAGGGUGUGUUUUUUUGCAUUUGUGGGGACAUGGGGUAAUUGUGGUAUUGUGCUGAGCAAGACUGUCGUCUCACCUCUGCCGUGCCUCACAUUUUCCGUCGUUGGAACCAGUAACCCUUAAACCCUUAUUGCCUGGAUAAUAAUGCAGGCAAACAUGUUUGCAUCUCCUAAAUGCAGCUUCAGCCACUUUGGUUGCCGCCGUGAGACUUGCUGCGUCAUGUUGCCGCAGAGGGUGUCGACGAGGGAAAGAUGAUGGGAGAGUUGGAGGAAGGGUGGUGUGAACUGGAGGCUUGCGCAAUCAUAACAGUAAUUGAGGUGGAAAGGCGUGAACUGCAGUUCAAAUAAGAGACCAAAACACCUGCUGGAUGAGGUGGCUCCCUGUAGCAUCAACUCAGACUCCCUGCGUCAGCAAGGCCAAGGCCUCAUUAAAUUAAGACUCCCUGUAUUUCCCCUUUAACCUUUGUCUCAUGGGACUUGGCUGUAAUUGACUUUCUCCACUGCUACGCUCAAGAUCAGUGAAUUUUCUGUGUAGGUUGUUGAAGAAUAUUUUACUUUUAAGGCCUUUUAAACAAACCUGGUUCAAGGUACAACUUGCUUAACUUGACACUGUUCUUCAGUUUGCUUAUUUGCAUCAUCUCUCGACAUGUUUAGAAAAGAGGUAACUUUCUUAAAGAGAGUUUGACUUGGUCACUUUUAAAAAUGCUACUCAUUCAGUCCACACAAGUUUUUAUUUUGUUUUGCUAAAUGAAGUAGUGUUAAGAGAUAAAAACAUGUUGACUGAAAGUAAUGACAAAAAUAUGAUCACUUUUUAUUGACCAAAACUAGACUGAAAAUUUUUGAUUAUUAUUAUUUUUUUGACUACAUCUAAGUGGCAUUUUCUCUUAGAGAUUAAAUCUAAAACAGCUGCUAGAAAAUACCCCUAUGUGGGUGUGCCAUGUGUAGCCAUAUUUAAGUGGGACAUGUCUCACAAGUCUAACGUUACCAUUAAAAGCCAAAGUGGUCACCACUGAUGUCAUUUAAUGACAAGGGAUCCCCUUUGGUAUCUCCAGAUGAGCCCCUUUAAACUGUCACAUGUGUCAUCGACAAUUGAAGGGCCCCGGCUGCUUAGUUUUAAAUUUCAGGAGGGUUGUAGGCUCAGUUCACUUCCUACAGGGAUCUGGUGGACAUGUGGCAUUUCUGCUAUGUCUCAGCUACUGUAAAUGAACAGGCCUGUCAGUAUUCAGUCUACUUGAACAGUUUCUGAUCAUAUGUUUCAUCUGAGUUUGUGUUUACUAAACUAAGGUUUUCAUUUCAUUAUUUGUGUCUUCAUCAAAGUGAGAAAGUUUGAGCCCUAAAGGGGGGUCAGUGGAGCUCAAAAUGACACCAAUCAACCAGAAUAUUAUGAAAACCUGAUCACCAAGUGCAGCCCAACACAAGUCUACUUUCAUGAAGCUUGUUUUGGAGUUAAGAUUUCUUUGUGGCUGUUUUUUUUAAACUUUUUUUCUGGUGUCCUAAAACACUUCCUUUCCUUGCCUCCUAAUCUGCAUUAAUGCCAACUCUUAAAGGGAUAUUCCGGCGUAAAAUUAAUUUAAGGUCAAACACACCCCCUCGAGAGGUGAAUGUUACUGACCGCUUGCUUCUCUAGUUCUACCAACUUUAGUAAAGACCGCACAAUAGCAAUACACAUUGGUCGGAGCAGCCAUAAACAAACCUCAAACAAAACGCCACUAUAGCCACAAACAAUGCUGAGAACAGCACCUAACUUCAUCAACAGGACAUAUAGGGUCCUAGCCAUAGUACUAGCCAUCAAACAUCUUUUUAACUUUGCCGGAUUUCUUUAGCAAAGAGACUAAACACAACUCACCUUCUCUCUUCCAGCAGCCACUCGUUUAUAGAGAGACCUCAACCAGUCCAUCAUCGACUGCUGUGGGGUGACGCAGCUCAAAGAAGAACAUUUAUGAUCAUUUCUUUAUUAUUUCCUUGAAGUAAUAAUCACCAUAUUAAUAAUUUUGCCCUGCAGACGCGGUAGUUCUUCUGCCUUAGCGUCUCCGUCUGAUUGCAUUUCCAUGAAGAAAUGAUCAUAAAUGUUCUUCCUUGAGCUGCGACACCCCGCAGCAGUCGAUGAUGGACUGGUCGAGGUCUCGCUACAAACAAGCAGCUGCUGGAAGAGAGGAGGUAAGUUGUGUUUAGUCUCUUUGCUAAAGGAAUUAGGCAAAGAUAAAAAGAUGUUUGGUGGCUAGUACUGUGGCUAGGACCCUAUAUGUCCUGUUGAUGAAGUUAGGUGCUGUUCUGAGCAUUAUUUGUGGCUAUAAAGUGGCUUUUUGGUUGAGGUUUGUUUAUGGCUCAUCAGACCGCUGUGUAUUGCUAUCGUGCGGUCAUGACUUAAGCUGUUAUAACUAGAGAAGUAAGCGGUCGGCAACAUUCAUCUCUCGAUGGCAUGUCUAACUCGGUGUUAUGGUGUGAUUGACCUUAAAUUAAUUUUACGCCGGAAUAUCCCUUUAAAUGAGCUGUCGUUAAUGUUAAACACAAGAUCUCCGGACAUCAAUGUCAACAGCUGUGGGAUUUUUCCAGUGAUUGGUCGUAUUUAAAGAACAUCCGAAAGUAUUUGUGCCAGUGCACAGACUCUCCAGUCAGUAAAUAUUUUUGAAGCCACAGCUUCACUUGAUUUAAUGACCACACACCCACAAUUUGUCACCCACAGUCAGAGAGGUUCCCCUAUUUACAUUCCACAGUCGGAAUGUCUGCCCUGGAUUUUCCACUGUUUGUGGGAAAAUAUGUCAGAAGAACAAGAGAAGAGCAGUGUUUGCUGUUUGAUGGGACUGAGGGUAAUCCCAUUUGUUUCAUAUUACAGAGUUACCCCUCUUAAGCUCUUUUUCCAGAGUGGAAUUCCAAAACAGAAAUAAAUUCUAUAAACGUCAUCAUGUUUUAUCCUCUUCCUUAAUACUUCGGCUCAGCCCUUCAACUGCUCAAUCCCAUUUUAUUAAUGUAACUUUAAUCUGGUCUCAUCUCUCUCCAGAUGGCUGUGUCAGUGCGGGGCCUCUACUUUGUGGUGACCCUGUUUUUGGGGAGUUUCUUCGGAAGUGUCUUCAUGCUGGGUCCAGUCCUGCCCCUCAUGCUGCUGUCUCCUGCUUGGUACCGCUGGAUCACCGACCGCAUCGUCGCUACCUGGCUCACCUUGCCUGUGGUGUGUACAUCAGCUUAGUCUUUACUUAGCCCACUUGUGCGCUUGCCAGAUGGUCUUAAGGCACCUGUGUACGGCCCAGUCACGACAACCUGCGUCAUUUCGAUCUUAUCUUUACCCCCCUGAUUAAUAAGAUUUUAUUUUUGUCUUGUAUUAUUUAGUCAUGUCGCCCUUGAGAGCAAUUAUGCAAAUCUUGUUUACAGUGACCACAAGAAUUAUCAGCAUUAUUAAUUUAUUUCCCUCUUGUUCCUCUGUCUGCUUUGCAUUUAUUCACCACUUUCCCCCUUCCCAGUCCCUCUUCUCUCCCUCUACCAUCUUUGUAAAUGAUCCUCCCUUACUCCCCUCCAUGUUGUCCUCCUCUUUCUCCACGCUUCUCUCACUUUCUUUGCCCCCUUCUAUUCUUUCCUCUGUUGAAUCUCAUCUUCAUCCACCCUCCUUCCUCCGUGCUGCCGUCUCUCACCUCUGCAGUCUUUGCUGGAGCUGGUGUUUGGGGUGAAAGUGGUGAUAACGGGCGACGGCUUUAUUCCCGGGGAGCGAAGUGUGAUCAUCAUGAACCACCGUACGCGUCUGGACUGGAUGUUCCUCUGGUGCUGUCUGCUCAGGUACAGCUACCUUCGCCUGGAGAAGAUCUGCCUCAAGGCUGCCCUGAAGGCUGUGCCAGGCUUUGGUGGGUAUACAGGAGGUGCUGGUACGCACAGACAUGCACACUGCAACAGACUUUACUAUAAUACCUGCUUUGCAAAGCAUUCCCCCAGGAACAUAAGAUUAUUGCAGAGCAGUUUACGUUAGAAGAGGAGGUGAAAGAAAACAAAUGAUGGCAGCAAGAUUAUAGCAGUUUACAGUUAUAAAGAGUGUAAAAUGAUGUGGAUGCAGUAUAACAUUAUAGUCAUACAAUAAAUCGACCAUAUCAGGGCUUGACACUAACUUUUAUCGCAAGGAGCGCAUGUGCUCCUAAGUUGAAAAAGUGAGGAGUAGACAAAGAACUGAAAUUGAUCAAAUAAUGUGUGUCUUAUUGUCCGACCUUUGAACUAUUAUUUGAAAUCAGUUUUAGGUCAAUUGGUCACAUGACAUGGAAGCCAUUGAAGAAAAUGUUCAAAAUUGGCCUUUAAAUUUAACAUUUUUUGGAGGACAAAUCAGGUCAAUAAAGUGGUGUGUCUUACUGUCCGACCUUAGUACUAUUAUUUUAAAUCAAUUUUAGGUCAAUUUGUCUCAUGACAUGAGGCUAUUGAAGGAAAACUGCCUUUUUUAAGAUAUCAACCGGUAAUUUAUUGAUGGUCCCUUAUUCCCUUAUGCUGCAAUAUCGCAGGACGGGAAAAUGUCGCUGACGCUUGUAUUGACAGGAUACGGGUUCGGAAAAAAAUACUGCCGUCCGAAAUAAUCACACAAAAAAAACAGUCCGGGUCAAUUGGUCACAUGACAUGAAAGCUAUUGAAGGAGAACAGACUUUCCUGAGAACAUUAACUGGUAAUUUAUUGAUGGUCCCUUAUUUAACACCAACGUUGACAGCGAGGGUGCCGAGUAGAUUUAACUGCGCUGCUGUUGCUAUUCCAGGUUAUGGAAGUGAGUGAGUGUUUUCAAAAAUAUUUCGUCAACGUCAUCCUCAACGAAAACAACACUGCAGAAUAUAUGUUAAGCAUUUGACUGACGAAAUGCCAAUAAAUUUUGCAACUCUGUUAGUCGUCCACCACGAACGUUUUCAUCUAGUCUCGUUUCGUCAACAUAAACGCACAUUUGUCUCGUCACAUUUUAGUCAUCUAAGACUUAUGUUAAGCUCAUCAACGUCACAUAUUCGUCGUGGAAAAAAAGGGGCGUUGUCAAAAAUAUUUCGUCAACGAAAACAACACUGCCCCUAAGUACAUUUUACAAUUCACACACAUCUAUUUCUCGUCGCAGAUGUGAGUGAAACGGUCGCACUGUCGAGCCCUGCAUAUACGUGACUCUCUUCGCUCCCUGUUCCUCUGUGUGGGUUUGUACCAGGGUUGCUUGAUCAUGGCAAAAAUCACAAUCACUGUCUUUUUCUUACUGAGAUCACACUUAUUACACACCAUUACUCAUGAUUAGACGUCGUCAUCAUUUGCAUUUAUGGGUCUAAAAAAUCUUUAAAACUUGCUGUCUAAAGUGUUGCACAAACAGACUGUUUUUAAUAAACUGACAACUGAAUAUCAUUUACAUCUAAAACAGUAUAAAAAAGAGAAGACUCUGGGGCACUGUGUUUCAGAGCUUUGGUAAACACAAGGCCUCAAGUCAGAUGCUCUUCCAGGAAAACAAAGGGCCUGUCCUCUUUGAAAAUUAUAGUGAACGGGUUGAAAUAAUUAUUUUCAUAAGGAAGACGUUUCUAUUUUCCAGGCUGGGCGAUGCAGGUGGCCUGUUUCAUCUUCAUCCAGCGCCGCUGGGAGCAGGACAAGACUCACAUGGAGAACAUGCUGGACUACUUCUGUGACAUCAGAGAGCCCCUGCAGCUGCUUCUGUUCCCGGAGGGCACUGACCUCACAGGUGAGACGUGAACAGGGCAAAAAUCUCGUCCAUUUCCCACAUUUGUGUCUCCGUUACCCACCAGCUCGUGGCGGUUCUCCACCUGUCUUGCAUCUUUGCUCUGAAACUGUUAUGCAAACACAAUUUCCAAGUGAUAAGACGUGGCCAGAUCCCCUGACACACAACCCUCAAAGUAAGUUCAGCAGGAACGCUCAGAUCUCCCAGUCAAAGCAGCAGUGACACCGGUGUCUUAAGCCAGUUCAGAUCUCAGAUAAGCCAAUCAAAGUCCCGAAUAUCUUUGCAAGGGGAAGCUUCACUUCUGUCGACAUACCAUGAUGCCAUAAGGGGGUUACAUCAUAAUUGGUUUGCAGAUUGAGAGUUUUUUCACCCUUUUUACACUCAUCUGGAAGUGCACACAGGUCUGUUUUUAAACCACUCAACCCCCUAAGCUUCAUUUGACACAAGAAACAAAGAGAACUAAACAGUAUGUUCUGUCUUCACGUCCUUAAUACUUAAUUUAGAGACACACAAUACAGACCCCAGUCUGCAGGAUCAGGUCCUCAGUGUACUUAAGGCUGCCUCAGAGUUUCUGUGACCCUGACUGACACGUGUAGAGAACUGAAUGAAACAUUUUACCAGAUAAACACUAACAGCUUUGUUCCUGCGCUGAAGUAGAAAUCGUAUUAGCACAAAGCCUGUCCAUAGUCUCUCUGUCCUACCAGUGGGCCUGAAGGAGUUUCUUGUUACAUAAUUUGACUUAUGAGUCAUGAUAUAGUUUACAUGGGCCUGCAACAAGUUCCUGAAGAAUGUGGGGUUAAUAAACAAUCAUCUUUCCUGUGUUUAUGUCCUCCUUUGGUUUUUACAAACGUGUACACAUUUGUCACCGGUUGAUUCAUGGAUCUGGUCAAAUCCUGUGACAAACAGAGAUAUUGAUUUACUUCUGUUUCCGUAUUUGAAGUGUUGUUAUUUUUCUCCUCAACCCAUUGUGAUCGAGAUUCGAAUCUUCAAAAGUUCACAAAGUGAGCUGAGAUCUUGUCGAGGACACAGAACAAGAGGCUUUAAAAUGACAUUAAAUAACUUUGCGUUCUGUUAAGAUGUAUGUAGUUUGAAUGAGUAAACAGUUCAAAGUUUAAAAUAUGUUUCAUCAUAUUUGCACGUGCCAGCAUUUUGAGUUGACAACUAAAAUGAACUUUCUUUUUCAGAUAACACGAGGACAAAGAGUGAUGCGUUCGCCGCCCAGAACAGCCUGCCAAAAUUCGAGUACGUGCUGCAUCCUCGCACCACUGGAUUCACCUUCAUUGUGGACAGACUUCGAAAAGGUCAGCCGCGAUCCGCAAUCAGUUGUUUCUGAAACCGUGACUACGUUAAACACGACGACGAUCCCUCUCAUGAAGAAGGUUUUGUUGUUGGUUUCCAGUCAAUCAGCUGACUGAGCUGUGGGACACCAGGUCAGACACGGUUAUGGAAAUAUUCUAUCAGCAAAACCAAAGGGAGAAAUAACACACCGUCAUGAUGAUUGUUCUUAAUCCAGUGACGCUGUUUGUGGAACAGUGAUCAUACCUGUUAUUCUUCAAAGUGUCAGACCUUUGCCUCAUCCUACCACCAGCCAUUACAACACCCCUGAGACGCUCAUGUUUCCCUAUGAGCUAAUUCUGGCAGUCCUCCAGAGUCCUUAAAUACCACCUCUGGCCCUGUUGUCUCACCCCCCCACCCGCUCCUGGAUGCUGAGCGUGGCACUAACUCUCCAAGCAGGUGUUGUGAAUCAGUGUGAUGUCAUCAGACUUGGCUAAUUCCCCUCUCCCUCUUGCCGCACCGCUGACUGACAUGCUGUGCAUGUUGUUCUUUGUCCAAGUCCGCCGUGCUCCGCUCAGCUCUAUUUUUACUGCAGUGGAGCUGAGCUGUGCAGAAGCAGGCGCUGGCAGGUGUCAUCCUGUAACAUUUGAUCUUUAAUUUAGAGUUACUUUUGUGUUGUAGGGCCAAUGCACAUCUUUGUCAUAGUUUCACAGGGCUUAACAUGAACUUUUUUCACAAAUGUGCUCCUAAGUUGAAAAAGUAGGGAGUAGACAAAGAACUUUAGGGGCACAAGGAAAAUUGAUCAAAUAGUGUUUGUCUUAUUGGUCGACAGAAGUACUAUUAGUUGACAUCAGUUUUAGGUCUUUUGGUUACAUGUCAUGGAAGCUAUAGAAGAAAAUGUUCAAAAUUUGCCUUUAAAUUUAACACAAAAUUUUUUUGAGGACAAAUUAGGGAAAUAAAGAGGUGUGUCUUAUUGUCCUAUUAUUAUUGUCCUUAUUAUCUAUUAUUUUAAAUCAAUUUGUCACAUGACAUGGGAGCUAUUGAAGGAAAACAGACUUUCCUGAGAACAUCAACUGGUAAUUUAUUGACGGUCCCUUAUUCAACACCCGACGUUGACAGCGAGGGUGCAGAGUAGAUUUAACCGCGCUGCUGUUGUUAUUCCCAGUUCUGGAGAGUGAGAAGACACCGGUAGAUCCUCAGAGAAUGUCCUUUGGAUAUUCAACCUAAUACUAACUUCACCACGGUAUUUACAUGAAAAAUCUUGUGUUGCCUCAGGUGAUUUUUUUUAUGCGCACAUGUGCCUCUAAACACAUUUUACAAUUCGCACACAUCUAGUUUUAGUUGCAAAUGUGAGUGAAACAGUCGCACUGUCGAGCCCUGUUUUAGGCAAAAGAGAGGAUGACGCAUAAGGUCCUUACACACCGGGAACGACGCAAAUAUAUGAUGCGAAGUUACGAAAUAUUCAGACGCAAAUUUCGCGCGAUGCGAUUUUGCAACUUUCCCAGGGGAAAAAGAGACAUGUCACGGGUGGAGGCGAGAAGACUGACACAACAGCAGACUGACUGUUUUUCAGUUCUGAUUAGACACUAGUGUCGAGAUGGUGUCUGAAAUAAUCGCACAAAAAACGCUCUUGGUGUAAAAGGACCUUUAGGGUUAGGAUGUAUAAAGAUGAUAUUCUAUAAGCAUAAAUGAUUUUGUCACUUCAGCAGGUGUCAUUCCUGGUCAUUUAAAACUGUGUCCCUUUCUCCAGGAGACAACCUGGAUGCUGUCCAUGACAUCACAGUGGCGUACCCCAAGAACAUCCCUCAGACCGAACGCCACCUCAUCCUGGGGCUUUUCCCUCGUGAGAUCCACUUCCACGUCCACCGCUACCCCGUUGCCUCACUGCCUCCUUCGACUCCUGAGCUGGAGUCUUGGUGCCGGGAGCGCUGGGCCGAGAAGGAGAUCCGCCUGCGGGACUUCUACUCAGGCCAGCCGCGAGGCUUUGAUAGGGAGGGUGUCGCUCGGGUGCCACCUUGUAAGACAGAGCUACGCGUGGCUCUGAUCAAAACCGCCUCUCUGCUGUACUGGACCAGCUUCAUCGCUUUCUGCUUCACUGGCCUGUGGCUGUGGGCCCCUUUCAGGCUUUACUUCCUGGUCAUGGUCGGGGUGUAUGGGGUUCAGCAGAAGAUGAUCGGAGGGCUGGAGCUGCUGGAGCUGUCCUGCCAUCGAUACUGGAAGUCCAUGGCUGCCGAUGUAGGUGAGAAGGGGAAGGUCCUGGACGGGAAGAUGCAGUGAAGAGGGAAGACAGGGUUGGCCAGACGAUGACAUGUUUCCAUCUACGCUCAGCAGCGACACUGAGGACCCAGCGGUCUUUAGGGCUAGAGCAUCUCCCUGAGGGGCCCAGCGCUCCACGCCUUAGAAAGGGAGUCUUGAAUGAAAACCUCUUGAUGGUAUGCAUGGCUUCAGUUUGUAUCUUUCAGUUGAAGAAAAACGAGGAAUGCUAUGUACUUAAAGCUGUGCUGGAUCCUACCAAUUCAUCCCACAAGAUGCGUCACCCCCCCGCCUGUGUACGUCCCUCCCUGUAAAUUGCUGUUAUCUAGCUCGCUGUCGGUGCGUUUCACCCGUUUAUGUUGUUUGUUAUGCUUGUUCAUCCGAAAACCUCAGUCUGGACUUUGUGUCAUGAAACAUCGCUGUUGGUAUUUGUUGUACUGCUGCCAUGUCUUAUCGACUGACUCAGUUUUUCGUUAAGUUGCCCUUUGUUUUGUAUUGGUGUCAUAUAUUCUGGAGCAGAGCCAUAGUACAGAGCACCUGUACAUAUGAUGACUUGACUCUCAACUAUAUUCAAAUCAGCACUGUAUUUUGAUUACACUAAGGAGACGAGUCACAACAAAUGGUCUCUGAUUUAAGAUGGGAAGUAAAGAAGCGAUUAUAAUUCCCAGAGAAUUCAGGAACAUGCAGGUAUAUACAGUAUGUGUACCAUUGUUUACCUUUAUGGGGUAUAUUUACGCUUUUAUACAUAUGUUGGGGAGUGGAUGUUCCCCAUAUUGUCAUUUCAAUAUUGUAUCAUGGUGUUUCAUGAAACAUGAAUUUAGUUUUUCUGCUUGUUUCUUCAAGUAGCUUUUGCACAUCAAAGCCAAAGUUGAAAAAGUAAACCUGAAUUUUUUUUUUCUUUAAUUACCAAACAGAAUGUGGUCCGUCUGUCAAGUGGAGGCAGCUUCAUCCUCCACCGGCAUGGACCCCUGCAGCUACGCUGAUGUAACACUUAUAGCUAUCAACUCAUCAAGAUCAAAGAUCUGACUGAGGUGUUGCAUGUAGAUACGUGUAGAAGCAGAUGAGCUCUGUGCCCUUUCAGGGAAUGAAGGGAUGCCUUGUAGAGGCAGGUUGUGGGUGGUGCUGGGGUGGAAGAAUGUCCUGUUGGGACAACAUUACCCCUCGAUGUGCAGGGUGGCAUAGAGGACCAGACUUGGAGUGGAAAACUGGCCCUGAACUCUACCUAAUCCAAAAAAGCCCUGUAAUGCCCACCUCUGCCCGUGUCCCUCUCUAGAGGACUGGCAUUGAUGCGCCUGCUAAACUCAAUUAGCAAAUGACAGCUGAGAAAGCGGCUCCAAUUGUGCCAAAAAAGGACAGAAAUUGAAACAAGAUUGGAGCGGCUCUUCAGCCACACUUAUAGCCACUGACUCUCCUUCCAUCCAAUGAUGUUAAUCAAGGGAGUUAUGAAACAUUUGUGUCUGGGACAGUCUGUAGCAGUUUCUGUAACACUGUGUGAAAAUGUAUUCAAGCCAACCACUUCAAACUUCCUUUUGUGAGACAAAUAUCCUUCAUGUUCAAACCUCACAAAACAAGCAUCUUUGCUUUAGUUCAGAUGAACCUAAAGCUCCUGUUAUUCAAGAUGUAAAAGGAGCUGUUUUUAGUCACUGUGAUUUAGCUGUGCUAAUAUUUUAUCAUCAGCAUGUUGUAGUUUACCAAACAUGGUACUAUACCUGUCUCCUCAAGCCUGAACCAGCUGAAACCUUUCUGUGUCAGUCUCUCACUCGUGCUGUUUUCUGCUCAUUUUACAAUCACUCUCUGAUGCUGGACCUCUUUAAAAGUUUUUGUCCUCAGGUAUACACAGUGGACACUGUUGGAGUCAGUCUCUUGAAGGAGGGAAAUAUAAAUAAAUAUAUAUAAUUAAAUAUACUCUAUCAAGUCA